AUGCAGAAAAACAAAGAUAGUGCUGACGACGUCCUGCCAGUUGCAGUUACAGAGACCAGGCAUUGUGUAUAUUUCAAAAGAAAUAAAAGGAGAUCUCAAGUUGUUGAUGAUGAUUUGGAUUACAGUAUGUAUGCAUGCGUGGCUGAAUUUGUAACACUUGAAGCCGGCAAGAGGAUGAUGGGAAGAUCACCAUGCUGCGACGAGGAUAAUCUGAAAAAGGGACCAUGGACUCCUGAAGAAGAUCAAAAGCUUAUGGAUUACAUCCAUAGACAUGGUCAUGGAAGUUGGAGGGCACUUCCAAAGCUUGCAGGACUUAACAGGUGUGGCAAGAGUUGCCGCUUAAGGUGGACUAAUUAUCUGAGGCCCGAUAUCAAGAGAGGAAAGUUCACCGAAGAAGAAGAACGACUUAUCAUCAACCUCCAUGAAAGAAGUAAUGAUCGUGAAAAAAAGUUUUCAAUUGAACAUUUCAUCGAUCUUUCCGGCAGGUGGUCUGCAAUAGCAACCCGUCUUCCAGGACGGACUGAUAACGAAAUCAAGAACUUUUGGAACACCCACAUCAGAAAAAAACUUCUUCAAAUGGGAAUUGACCCCGUCACCCACAGGCCAAGAACCGAUCUUGAUGUCCUUGCAAAUUUACCUCACCUGCUUGCGAGUGCUAACUGGGGCAACCCAGUGAAUCCUUGGGACAAUGCUCUCACGUUGCAGUCAGAUGCCACACAAUUAGCCAAAAUCCAAUUAUUGCAUAAUAUCCUCCAAGUCUUGAGCAGCGGUCUGCCUCCAACCAUGGAGGCUCCUAACUUCUUAGGUUCGGCACGACUUCCUGACCAUGCCUUUUAUAACCUGAAUCCUGAUCAGUUUGAAGGUGUACUAGGUAACAACCCCAUUGCUUUGGCUCCCAACCCUGCCCAUAUCACUCCCAAUUUUUCAAGCGUGGUAGUCCCUCAGCAUACUAAUUUUGAUGAGUAUCAUCCUAUGGCAAACUCCAAAAUUUUUACUGGAAAUAACAACGAUAUUGAUAACAAUAACUACCAAGAAAUCAGUGGUAACAAUCGAUUCAGUACUUCGUAUGCAAUUCCAAGUGAAAACUCGGUUCCUGCAUUGGUCUCAGCCUCACCUGAGCGACCUAGUAACAGUUUGAGGGAAUACGAAAUCAUGCCAACUGAAAUCAACAGUAGUUCAUCUACUUCAACCACCGUGGAAGCCUGGAGAGAUAUUUUGGAUGGCGAAGCAUGCGAGUCAUACUGGAGAGAGAUUAUAGACCAGGCAUCUUCUUCUCCAUGGCCUGUCUCGCCAUAAAAACAGCUUUCAGUACUCAUGUCAAGAGAUUACUUGCGCGAAAGAAUGAUUUUUCAUUUGUGAUCGAG